AUGUUUCUCCUAUUGGUUGGAUUUAAAAAAAGAGCCCGCUGCUCUGAUCGCUUUUGGUAGAAUUGCGGAUCAAUUUUGGUGAACUGGAAGUCCGUUACAGAGUUAAAUCCUGUUUGGAGACACCUGGCUUUCAACCAGAAGCUCCCCUGAAGAGACUGACCCUGUAAUCCCCACCAGGUGGGGCAACCCCUUGCUUUGAUUAGAAGCUGAUUCCUGUAAAGCCAGUGUGGCGAAGGAUACUGGGUUUGCAGCUAACUCUUAUCGAGGUGAUUGGCAUCUUUCUGAAGUUUGAAACUGACAUCAACCUGUUGUUGGGUGACUUGUUGAUGUGGAUGUAUGACUGAGGGUUUAAAAGAUGGAGGCAGAUCUGAAUAAGCCUGCAAUUUCCAGACUGUCCUUUGUUACGUCAGUUGAGGUGACUCCAAGAUUUGGUUCACUGGAUGCUACCGACAUUAAGAGAAGUCUCUAUGAAGACUUUUCCUCCAGCUCUGAUAUAAGCCAGAGAGAGAGCUUGGAAUCCAGAGAAUGUAUUGACGUUUGCCUUCGCAUUAGACCCCUUACACAAGCAGAAAAAGAGACUGAGUUUCAGGGCUGUGUUUCUAUUCUUGACUUGACAAGCGUUAUACUAAAAGCGCCCAAGAGCUCUACGGUAUUUCGGCUUAGUGAAAAAAACUUGAGACAGGUGGGGCAGACAUUCACUUUUUCACAGGUUUUUGGCCCUGAAACCACUCAAGAGGAGUUCUUUGCAAGUACUGUGAAGCAGCAAGUGCAAGAUUUCCUGAGGGGAUACAGUCGCCUGGUGUUCACCUAUGGGGUUACAAAUGCAGGGAAAACAUAUACUUAUCAAGGCACAGAGGAUAGCAUUGGCAUCCUCCCAAGGGCAUUGGAUAUGCUGUUUAGAAACAUUCAAGGCAAACUGUAUCCCAAGAUGGACUUCAAACCCCACCGAUGCCGAGACCAUAGAAAACUGAGUGAAGAAGAAGUGCGAGAAGAAAUUCUUCUUAAGAGCUCGCUGCUUCGUCUUGUGAAAGAGGUAUAUCAUCAAAAUGACAGGAGUCAAAAUCAUAACAGAGCUGCUGAUAAUUCUGAAGAAGUGGAAAAAUCUAGUCGGGAUGAAGAAAGUGGUGCCAAGUUCUCUGUCUGGGUGUCGUUUUGUGAAAUUUACAAUGAAUGCAUUUAUGACUUGCUGCUCCCAGUGGCCAACGAUAAGAGAAGAAGGAUGCUGUACCUUGCGCAGGACAUAAAAGGCUGUUCGUAUGUUAAAGAUUUACAGUGGAUUCAGGUUUCAAAUGCUGAAGAAGCCUUUAAACUCGUGAAACUAGGCCUCAAGAAUCAAAGCUUUGCUUCUACAAAACUGAAUGCUAACUCCAGUAGGAGCCACAGCAUAUUCUCCGUGAAAAUGCUUAGAAUAGAUUCCAACACAACUGAAGUCGUGCGAGUCAGUGAGUUAUUUCUGUGUGACUUGGCUGGCUCGGAACGCUGCACCAGAACCCGCAAUGAAGGAGAGAGGUUAAAAGAGAGUGGGAAUAUUAACGCGUCGCUGCUUAUUCUGGGCAAAUGCAUCAAUGCUCUCAAGGCCAGUCAGCAAUCUAAGUUGCAGCAGCACAUACCCUUUCGUGAAAGUAAGCUAACUCACUUCUUCCAAGGCUUCUUCAGCGGUAAAGGGAAAGUGUGCAUGAUAGUCAACAUCAGCCCGAGUGCUGCUGCAUAUGACGAGACGCUCAACGUGCUGAAGUUUUCGGCAAUUGCUCAAAAAGUCAUUGUCCUUGACUCUUCCAAUUCUUCACAAGAACAAACACAUGACCAGAAAUCCAUCACAGAAGAACUAGUAACUGUCACAGAAGCAGAAGUGGGUGAUCCUCUAAAAAGAACAACUAUACUUUGGGAGAGGACUCUGGAAGAUGUGGUUGAAGAUGAAGAAGAACUGACUGCUGACAGCAGUGAGGUGCAUGAAAUCUGUGUGGAGAAUAACACCCUCAAGGUGACAGAGUCCGAGGACAUGGAGGAGACACCAAGCCAGACAGCUGAUGAAGAUGAAGUGGUCAUUGGGAAAGAGGAAUAUCUGAGGCUUGUCAAUAUAGUAGAAGAUCUGAAAAACAAACUGAUCAAUGAAAGAAAAGAGAAGCUAUUAAUGGAGCUGAGAAUCCGUAAAGAAGUCACACAGGAGUAUGCUCGGUAUCUUGCUGAUAAUGAAAAAAAUCUCAAGGCACUGGCUGCCCGUAAGCAAGAGCUGGUCGAGGACAACUGUGAGAGACGGAUGGAGAUUUACAAGGACUUUGUGAAGGAAUAUAUACCCCUGGUGAACAAUGGAGCAAGGGUGGCGGAAGGUCCACCUUCUGAUGAGCAGGACAGACCUCAGGGAGAUGCAGCUAGAGGUCUGGGAAGUCCUGCUGAUUUUCUCUGCAUGGUAGAAUCACUGCAACAUAACGUCUCUGAUAUUAAGCAGCAGGCAGAAACUGUAUUCGAGGUAUUUAAUACUUUGGAAGACCCCCCGCAAACUAUUGAGCGACUGGAAAAGCAACUGGCUGAUGUUACAGCCGAGUUAUCCAAAAUCAAAGAGGAGCUCACGUGCAGGAAUGAAGACAUGAAAGUGCAAGAAAAUAAGUUGACUGAAUCUGCACAGGUUCUUCAAGAGGCUACUGAGAAAAUGGUUCUACAGAAUGCACGAAUACAAAAGCUAACGCAAAUUGUGGAGCAAAAGGACCAUGAAAUAAACAAGCUGAAAGAUCUGGUAGAUCAUCUAGAAACUAUCAAACGUGACUUGGAGAGCACAAUCACUACUAUUAAACAACAGAUGGAACAGAAGAACCAAAACAAGAAAGCAAACUGUGCCCAUUCUAGUGAGCCGCUAGAGAAACAUCUGGAUGCUGGAAGGAAACGAUGUUUGGAAAGGGAGGAAGAAGAAGAAGGCCCACCCUCAAAGCAAGGCUCUGUUAAUGACCAUUCUACUGACACCGUAGGGACAAAGCAACUUGAAGACAUUUGCUUGCAUACCGUCAAGGAAGAGAGAGAAAUGAUGGAAAUGGAACAGAAGACCAAAAUGCUAGAAGUUCACUUGGCCGCACUUGGAGAGCAGUUAGAAAAAGAAAGAAGCACGAGGGAGGGCUUGGCUAGUAAAAUAGCUCACUUGUCUCAGGCACUUUCUUCUUCAGAAGAACUAGCUUCUGGCUUGAGAAAAGAACUGCACCAGCAGCAGGCCAACAACCAGGAAAUAACAUCUGAGGUGGCUGGCCUGAAAUCUCUAAACAAAGAACAAGAGGAAAAGAUGCAUGCGCUGCUUGAAAAACUAGAGGCUAUGAGCCAAAUGAUUGCAGAAAAAGACUCAAAAGUAAAAUCAGUUGAGGUGAAAAUAGGCGAGCUAAGCAGCUUAGGUUCAGCUGGUCCCACUGCACAAGAUGACUUGCCAAAUCAGAAGGAUAGGGGAGAGCUUUCAAAAGAUACACACGAAGAAGUACAUUUCCACCUGGGACGAAGAAGCUCAUUUCACAGUAGUAUUGAAAGCAUCUGGGAAAUGAGCAAGCAAGUCAUUAGCAUCUCUUCUCAGAAGAGCAGUCAGAUCAAAGACCUGCAACAACAAGUAGAGCUAUUGCACAGGAGGAUCAUGGAUGCUGAAGAAGAGAAGUCUCUGCUGAAGUCUCAGCUGAUCGAGGCCAAUUGUCAAGUAGAAGCAUCCUUGCAGGAAAAAAAGUGCCUCCUUAGUCAGUUAAAGGAUUUGCAAGAGGAAAAUGCUCUCUGUUCUGAGAAAUACAAAGCAAAGGCUCUUGAGAAGAUAAAAAACCUUGAUGGCCUCAUGGAACAGUAUCAAGCAGCAGAGGUCACUGUAUCUGCUUUGGAGCAAGUACUUAAGGAGAGAGACACUGCUGUUUCAGUUGCAGAAAGAGAGAUUCAUGCCUUGCAAGGAAUUCUUGCCGUUUCAGAAUCUAAAAUCAAAAGCUUAAGCAAUCAAGAACUGCAGUUAAAAGAACAAGUUCAGGAGAACUUGAAGACUAUUGAAGUUCUGGAAAAGGAGAAAGAGGAAUCCAAGCAAGUUAUGGUGAAGUUGAAGGAAGAUCUCCUGGAAAGCACUGCUGGCUCUUCCCGGCUACAAGUAGAAAUCCGGCAGAAAGAAGAAGAAUACACAGACUUGAAGGAGAAGCUGGCUGAUGCCAAAAAACAAAUUGAUCAAGUUCAGAAAGAGGUGUGCAGCAUGCGUACUGAAGAGAAAUUACUGCGGAACAGAGUGAAUGAACUUGAAAAAUCUAAAAAACAACUGGCUGAGGAGCUAGAAAUCAAACAGCGAACAAUCCAGCAAUUCAAGAAGGAAGAACUUAACAAGAAAUUGGAGGACCUGUUGCAGCAACAACAGAAGGCGUGUGAAGAUCUCUGUUCGAAGGAGAAGAUAAUUGAAUAUAUGAAACUGACUUUAGAGGAGCAAGAACAGACUCAGUCAGCACAAGAUCAAGUACUUGAGUCCAGGACAGCAGAAUUGGAAAGAUUAGCGGCUGAGCUGGAAGGAUGGAAAAAGAGGUACCAUGAGCUAGUGGAGCAGAGCAGUGCUUCCGGGCAACAACGUGCUAAUGCAGAACGUGAAAAAACUGCUGAGUCGCCUAGUGAACACCUAGAAAGAUUGCAAGAGAAACUGAAGGAGUGUGGAAGAGAAAAACAUCAAACAGAUCGCAAAAAGUGGUUGGAAGAAAAAAUGGUCCUCAUAACUCAAGCAAAAGAAGCAGAGACUCAUCGUAAUAGAGAGAUGAAGAGAUUUGUUGGAGACCGAGAACAUCAUGCGAAGUUGCUGGUAGAAGUGGAAAAACUUGUGGCAGAAAAAGAGAAUGACCUUCAAAAAUGGCGGGCUGAGAGAGAUCAGUUGGUGGCAGCCGUGGAAGUCCAGCUCAGCUCCCUGAUUUCUAGCAAUGCACAAAAAGAUGCCGAAAUAGAAGAACUGAAAAAGGCAGCACUGAAAACCUCCACGCAGGAUGAAACCCUAAAGGAACUUAGAAGGCAGCUGGCUGAGAGAGACAACAUUAUUCAGGAAUUAAAGCAAAGUUAUUGCGCAAACUGUAAAACUACAGUGUCACCCUUACCAGUAGAAGCUGAACUACAUAAAGAGGAAGGUCUCCAUAGCUGUAAACAGCUUGAAGAAAAGCAAAUUGACAAUGAUUUACCACUGUGGAGUUCUACCAGGGCAUCUUCAGUAGAGGAUAUUCAGGACCAGUCGGAAAUCAUCCUAGAUUCUUGUGAAGUGUCUUCAGAGAAUGACAAAGCCAGCCGCUUUCCAAAGCCUGAAAUGGAGAUUCAUUUUACACCUUUACAACCCAAUAAGAUGGAAGUGAAACAUCAAGGCAGUCCUUCCACAGUGACUAUAAAAGUGCCCAAGGCAAGGAAAAGAAAGAGCAGCGCAAUGGAUGAGAACAAUAUAUUGUCAAGUCUCCGGAAAUGCAAAUUUAUAAAUAAGAGCACUUCUGAUGGUGUUGGUCAGGAGGAUGGAAAGAGUGAAAAUGAGAAGAAUGCUGAAUCCUCAGCAAAUGGCUCAUCAAGUAGACAAAAGAAGAUGGUUCCUGAUCCAUCUCUUAAAAACAAUUAUUCCCUGAGAAGUAAGCAUUUUGUUGGAAGUGCAGCAUCACCUGGGAACAAAGCUGGAUCCUUGCACAAAUUUGGCAAUUUCUUGCAGAGCUCUCCUACAAUCCUUCACACCAAAGCCAAGAAACUGAUGGCAACAAUAAAGUCUCCCAAAGCUACUGAGGAUGAAUCUGCUAAAGAAAAUGGUCUCAAGCCAAAGCGAGCCAAGCGAAGGCUGUAUAACACUGACAUUUCUUCCCCGAUGGAGUUUUCUGGUCAUGUGAUUGUUAUGGAUCAAAAGGAAAGUGAUCAUGAAAUCAUCAAGCGACGGCUUCGAACAAAGAGAACAUAAUUCCCCCCCCACACACACACACACACUCUGCAGAAUCACAUGACUAAUUUAAAGUUUUGGUAGAAGGAUUCCAGAACAUAACUCUUCCAAAGUGGAUGAAAGAAAAUGUAAAUUGGAAAUUGCCCUUAACUAUAUGUAUAUAGUAAGCUUUAUUCCCUCUGUUUCAUGUUCCUGAAAUUCCUCUGUAGAUUUUCUUUAUUGUACUUCAGUCUACUAAAGUGUUUGAGAUUAAAUGUAAUACUUUGUA